GCAGUCGUCGUCGGGGGUGGCGGCAGCAGAGGGGGCGGCGGCCGUGGCGGCAGCGGCGACGACAGCCGUGACGGCUGCGGUGGCAGCGCGGGACCUGGGCCGGGGGGAAUGAGGCGGCCGCGGCGGGCGAGCGGCGGAGCCGUGUAGCAGAGAAGCGCCUUCCCCUCCCUGCUUCCCGUGGCCGAGCCGGGGACGCGCGCGCGCGGCCGUCAGGAGCGGGCUCUCCACCCCUCCACUCCCGCGACCCGCACCGCACCCCCACCCGGGCUCGGAGGAUGAUGAAGCUCAAGUCGAACCAGACCCGCACCUAUGACGGCGACGGCUACAAGAAGCGGGCCGCGUGCCUGUGUUUCCGCAGCGAGAGCGAAGAGGAGGUGCUGCUGGUGAGCAGUAGUCGCCAUCCAGACCGAUGGAUUGUCCCUGGAGGUGGCAUGGAGCCUGAGGAGGAGCCAAGUGUAGCAGCAGUCCGUGAAGUUUGCGAGGAGGCCGGAGUAAAAGGGACAUUGGGAAGAUUAGUUGGAAUUUUUGAGAACCAGGAGAGGAAGCACAGGACGUAUGUCUAUGUGCUGGUUGUCACAGAAGUGCUGGAAGACUGGGAAGACUCAGUUAACAUUGGAAGGAAGAGGGAAUGGUUUAAAAUAGAAGAAGCCAUAAAAGUGCUGCAGUAUCACAAACCCGUGCAGGCGUCGUACUUUGAGACGUUGAGGCAAGGCUACUCCACCAACAACGGCACCCCGGUCGUGGCCACCACGUACUCGGUUUCUGCUCAGAGCUCCAUGUCAGGCAUCAGAUGACUGAAGACUUCCUGUAAGAGAUGGAAAGUGGAAACUAGACUGAAGCGCAGACCUCCUCCUCCCCCGGCUCUUCUCACCUCUCCUCACAGGCCUCCUCUUUCAAUGUGGCAUGAUGGGCAGCAGAGCAGGGGUGCUGGUGACGUUGCUGUUUGGUGUUAAGUGAUGGGGCUUUUCCUUCUUUUUAUUGAGGGGGUGGGGGCUGGGUGUGUGAUCGUAAGUACCUUUGUGCAUGACCUGUCCCUCCCCUCCACACCCGGCACCCUCUGAAGGGGGGGCAAAGAGCUUUCUCCACUUGGGGUUCUGAAGUGUUCCUGUCUCAUCCCAGCCCUGGCCAGACAUUUUCUUUGAUUUUUAAUUUUUUUAUUAAAAUAUACCAAUGUGAGAUGAAACUUUUCAAGAAUUUGUCCUAUAAUGUGCUGUUCAGUGCAGUAGGUUGGUCACUUUCACUGCAGGCUGCAUUUAUCUACACAUUAUAUACUGGACAUAUAAUAUGUAAAUAAGUGACUUUUAGAAAGAAUUUAACCAUUGAAUUUUUCAAGGUUUUGGGGUUUUGAUUUAGGGAUGUUUCUGGUGUGGAGACCCUCAUAGUUUAAUUGACAUUUUAUUUUUGAUGCUAGGGGCUAGGUAUAUUUCCCUGCCCUCUCUCCAUUCCCCAGUUGGAACUGUCAUUCCCUAGGUGCAGGAGAAAUUCGGCCACCUUCAUAGUGCUCCCAGGACUCACGGUCUUCUCUUCAAGCUGUGUCUCCAUGCUAAGGAAGAAACCUUUUUUUUAAUUACCAAUCCAGGAGCAAAUGGCCUCAGCCUAGACCCAGAGAAACAAUGGUAGCAAUUGCAUUCUGGCCUACAUGUCCAAGUAGGUUUUGAACUGGAUUCUUGGGAUUAUGAUCUUGAAAACUGGAGCAUCAAGCCCUGCUUCUGCCCUGCCAGCUAGGGAUCUUUCCGCGGUGCUACGUCCUGCCCACAACAGCCUCUCUUCUCACCGUGUGCGCCUCACACCGCGCGGAAUGGGCAUCAUCCUGGGCUCUUGGAGCAGCCACAACUGAACUUUGCAAGUGCGGCCCUGCUCAGUCCUGUCUCCAUGCAUGGUAACCUUGUUGAGGUCCUGAAAGGUACCCAGAGGAAAGUAUGUGUACUUGUCCUGUGAUGUGGUGGAGCCUCUGGCUACAGCAGGAGCAUCCUGCUCCCUGCCAGGAUGUGAAAGGUCCAUCUGCUGCAAGAGCAGCCCUAGGCCAUGCGUCAGCCCCAGCCUGUGAUGCGUUGGCUUGCUGCGGGUGGUCUUGGUGUGUGGAUACAGGUUCUUGCUGGCUUCCUUUGCCAGUUGUAUUGUUUUGUUGGGAAGUGAGAAGGAUCUUGAGAAUCAGGGAUGGGAGUGGGGUGGGGUGGGAUUGGUCCCUGGCUUAGGACAGGAGAUGGUAGCCAACAUGUGAAAUUAAAAUUGUAGAUCUGUUUAUUUAAAAAUUCUAAUAAGUCAUCAAACUCCUUAAAGCUUUUGCUCUUCCCUGCCACUCAAAGAAAUGUGUCCCUCUGGUAGGCCUGUGUCAUUUAGCCUUCAGCAUUUCUGUGGACAUUAGUUUUGCAUUCUCUUUCCCGGGCUUGACCCACAGAGACAGAAAGUUGUGCUGGCAGUUUUCCUGGGGUGCCAUCUUACCUCUGGGGAUAGAAUUGUAUGCCAGACAGGGUCCCAGUGGACAGACACAGCACCUUGAAAUUUAAGUCCAAAAGCCCACUUGCUGUUCACAAGUCCUGCCCAAAAGCAAACACUGAUUCUUAUUGCCUGACUUAGAGCAUUCUAAAGUUCUGUCCAAAUAAGUAAAAGAGGAAGAUAAAAUAGAUUUAACUAAGCACUAAGUAGAAUCAAAAAGACACAUUCUUGCAGAAAAAUUCUACCUUUUUGAUACAGAUUGAAAGUGCUUUAUAGAAAAAUAGAUCUCCUGAAAAAGGAACCUCAUUGGUAGUAAUAGUUUGCAUUUUUCAAUGAUCUGAAAAUGUUUCAGCAGGGCUGGUGUAAAGAGAUACCACCCCGAAAAGUUCCGUUUUGAUUGUUGCUGAAGUCCCUGGAUCAAGAAGGUGCACUGUGCCAACAAGUACUUUUCAGUGACAUGAAUGGGUCCUAUAAUGCAGUCAGCUGGAGAGGGAGAGUGCUGAGGCUUUCGUGACUGACAAAGGGAGGCUUUGUCCACCCCACAAUUGUUGAACUGGUGCUAUUUCCUGUUGCACUGGAUUCUGACAGCAAGGCUGGUGUUUUCCCCUCCCUGGCACCAAGAACACUGGCUGUUUUUACUGAUAAAUAUUUGGAGUCCUUUUCUGAUAGGUUGGUUAGAGCCAUGGUCCCAACAUCCUUUGUCUCUCCAAAAAAAGCAAAAAGAAACAAAAGGAGGUUCAAAAACUGUCCUACAUGCAGAAUAUUUUGUUGGCAUUGAUUUGCUGUUAUUUGUACCAGUGCUAGGCUCAUGCAGGCUUGAUGGAAACAGGUUCUGAAUAUUUAUGGCCAGUACAGGGUCUCUGGCUCAUAGUAAAUUACACGGAGACGUGGACUGCUGCUGGAGCGACCAUCAGGGCCA